UAGGGGGCGCAAGCCUCUCCAGGUGAGUCUACGAACCUUCGGCUCCUCUUCGGCUAAGUUCGGCCGACGCUUGCCUUCUCAAGCUCGGCUCUCUUCGGCUUUCUGAUAGCACACUUGUCCUGGCCUCGGCUCCUCUUCGGCUGCAUUCGCCCCACGAUCGUCUCAGUCUCGGCUCUCCUUGACUGCGUUCGGCUAGAUUUCGUCCUCUCGGACUCGGCUCUCUUCGGUUAAGUUCGGCCUACUCUCGUCUCUGACUCGGCUCCUUUCGGCUACGCCCCGGAAGAGCCUCCAUGGAGCCGGUACUGCCGGCUCGACCGACGGCCAUGGCCCCGUUGCUGGAGUACGAACGGCAGCUGGUGCUGGAACUGCUCGACACUGACGGGCUGGUAGUGUGCGCCCGCGGGCUCGGCGCGGACCGGCUCCUCUACCACUUUCUCCGGCUGCACUGCCACCCAGCCUGCCUGGUGCUGGUGCUCAACACGCAGUCGGCCGAGGAGGAGUAUUUUAUCAAUCAGCUGAAGAUAGAAGGAGUUGAACACCUCCCUCGCCGUGUGACAAAUGAAAUUACAAGCAACAGUCGCUACGAAGUUUACACACAAGGUGGUGUUAUAUUUGCAACAAGUAGGAUACUUGUGGUUGACUUCUUAACGGAUAGAAUACCUUCAGAUUUAAUUACUGGCAUCUUGGUGUAUAGAGCCCACAGAAUAAUCGAGUCUUGCCAAGAAGCAUUCAUCUUGCGCCUCUUUCGCCAGAAAAACAAACGUGGUUUUAUUAAAGCUUUCACAGACAAUGCUGUUGCCUUUGAUACUGGUUUUUGUCAUGUGGAAAGAGUGAUGAGAAAUCUUUUUGUGAGGAAGCUGUAUCUGUGGCCACGGUUCCACGUAGCAGUAAACUCGUUUUUAGAACAGCACAAACCUGAAGUUGUAGAAAUUCAUGUUUCUAUGACGCCUGCCAUGCUUGCUAUACAGACUGCUAUUCUGGAUAUUUUAAAUGCGUGUCUAAAGGAACUAAAAUGCCAUAACCCGUCACUUGAAGUGGAAGACUUAUCUUUAGAAAAUGCUAUUGGAAAACCUUUUGACAAGACAAUUCGCCAUUAUCUGGAUCCUUUGUGGCACCAGCUUGGAGCCAAGACUAAAUCCUUAGUUCAGGAUUUGAAGAUAUUACGAACAUUGCUGCAAUAUCUCUCUCAGUAUGAUUGUGUCACAUUUCUUAAUCUUCUGGAAUCUCUGAGAGCAACGGAAAAGGCUUUUGGUCAGAAUUCAGGUUGGCUGUUUCUUGACUCCAGCACCUCGAUGUUUAUAAAUGCUCGAGCAAGGGUUUAUCAUCUUCCAGAUGCCAAAAUCAGUAAGAAAGGCAAAAUAUCUGAAAAAAUGGAAAUUAAAGAAGGGCAAGAAACAAAAAAGGAACUGGUCCUAGAAAGCAACCCAAAGUGGGAGGCACUGACUGAAGUACUGAAAGAAAUUGAGGCAGAAAAUAAGGAGAGUGAAGCUCUUGGUGGUCCAGGUCAAGUACUGAUUUGUGCAAGUGAUGACCGAACAUGUUCCCAGCUGAGAGACUAUCUCACUCUUGGAGUGGAGGCCUUCUUAUUAAGGCUCUACAGGAAAACAUUUGAGAAAGAUAGCAAAGCUGAAGAAGUCUGGAUGAAAUUAAGGAAGGAAGACAGUUCAAAGAGAAUUAUGAAAUCUCACAAAAGACCCAAAGACCCCCAAAACAAAGAACGGGCUUCUACCAAAGAAAGGACCCUCAAAAAGAAAAAACGAAAGUUGACCUUAACUCAAAUGGUAGGAAAAUCUGAAGAACUGGAAGAGGAAGGAGGUGUCGAGGAAGGAUAUCGUCAAGAAAUAAGCAGUAGCCCAGAAAGCUGCCUGGCAGAAAUUAAGCAUGAAGAAUUUGAUGUAAAUUUGUCAUCAGAUGCUGUGUAUGGAAUCCUGAAAGAACCCCUCACUAUCAUCCAUCCACUUCUGGGUUGUAGCGAUCCCUAUGCUCUGACAAGGGUACUCCAUGAAGUGGAGCCAAGAUACGUGGUUCUUUAUGACGCAGAGUUAACCUUUGUUCGUCAGCUUGAAAUUUACAGGGCAAGCAGGCCUGGGAAACCUCUGAGGGUUUACUUUCUUAUAUAUGGAGGUUCAACUGAGGAACAACGCUAUCUCACUGCUUUGCGGAAAGAAAAGGAAGCUUUUGAAAAACUCAUAAGGGAAAAAGCAAGCAUGGUUGUCCCUGAAGAAAGAGAAGGCAGAGAUGAAACAAACCUAGACCUAGUAAGAGGCAUAGCAUCUGCAAAUGUUUCCACUGACACUCGGAAAGCCGGUGGCCAGGAACAGAAUGGUACACAGCAAAGCAUAGUUGUGGAUAUGCGUGAAUUUCGAAGCGAGCUCCCAUCUCUGAUCCAUCGUCGGGGCAUUGACAUUGAACCCGUGACUUUAGAGGUUGGCGAUUACAUCCUGACUCCAGAAAUGUGCGUGGAGCGCAAGAGUAUCAGUGAUUUAAUUGGCUCUUUAAAUAAUGGCCGCCUCUACAGCCAGUGCAUCUCCAUGUCCCGCUAUUACAAGCGUCCUGUGCUUCUGAUCGAGUUUGACCCUAGCAAGCCUUUCUCUCUCACUUCCCGAGGUGCCUUGUUUCAGGAGAUCUCUAGCAAUGACAUUAGUUCCAAACUCACUCUUCUUACACUUCACUUCCCCAGACUCCGGAUUCUCUGGUGCCCUUCUCCUCAUGCAACGGCAGAGUUGUUUGAGGAGCUGAAACAAAAUAAGCCACAGCCUGAUGCGGCAACCGCACUGGCCAUUACAGCAGAUUCCGAAACCCUUCCCGAGUCAGAAAAGUAUAAUCCUGGUCCCCAAGACUUCUUGUUAAAAAUGCCAGGGGUGAAUGCCAAAAACUGCCGCUCCUUGAUGCACCACGUUAAGAGCAUUGCAGAAUUAGCAGCCCUGUCACAAGAGGAGCUCACGAGUAUUCUGGGGAAUGCUGCAAAUGCCAAGCAGCUUUAUGACUUCAUUCACACCUCUUAUGCAGAAGUCGCAUCUAAAGGAAGAGUUAAAAAGUGAACAAUGGGGGCUGUUUUCUUAUCCCAUGGCUGUGCUUUUCAGCUGCUCCUUGCCAGACAUCAUCGGUUGUUAUUAAUUAUUAGUUUGGUAUUUCAUUCCUUUCCAGUGCUCUUACUGAUUGUGUGGGGGACCAGAAGCCAGGAUUCCUCUCUGAACUCUGCAGUUAGGCAUCACUUCAGCUUGCCCGUGCCUGCUCUUUUCACUCCCUGCACAAUCCAUGCCAGGCUCAGCAUAUUCCUUUUUAAAUGAGAUCUCUCACGAUCAGGUAAAGUUUCUACGGAAGGUAGAAAGACACGGAGGGCGCAGGGAGGGAAGAGAGCAGGCAUAAGAAAGCUACCAUUUUCAACAGUCCUUGUUACCUAGUGCAACAUAAAUAACAGUCUUAAUUGUGCUUCAUACCAGUGCCCCGCGGCUCUCAAAAUCUGUUCUUUGCUGUUGUAUCUACUGGACGCUUGAACUGAUGUUUGUGUAGGAAAUCAUGUUCUCACCCUCUGUCUACAAAGGAGCCUUCUGGAACACUGAGAAGGAACAUUUCUUUGCCAUUCCUGACCAGUUCUCUCUAUCACUUUUUCUUCAGCUCCAUGCUUCUGCCUGUCUGGUCUAAGGAAAUUUUAUGGAGCCUUCCUGUUACUAACUCAAGACAGCCACCUCUAAAACUGGCUGCCUAGUCUUCUAAUGACCCAAACAUAUGUAGCAUGUACUUCUAAUGACCCAAAUAUAUGUAGCAUAACUUCAUUGUAAAGUUAGUAUUUUUAAAACAUAAAAUGAAUGACCUAUUUGUAAAAGUUAAUGGUGAAGGGGCUCUUAGAAUUCUCAAUUUUUACACAUAUUCAGUCUCCUAAUACCAGAGAUCUCUAAGCCCAAAUGGCUAGUUAUAGAGUUUUUUAAAGACCUCCUCGUUUCCCAGCUCUCUCAUAUCCUAAGACACCAGCACCAUAUCCUCUAGAAAUACAACCUAAGCUCACCCUCCUGUGAUUCUUCAUUUCUCACAAUCCUAUGCCAGGGUGGCUCCUUUCUUCUCUGUGUGAGGACCUAAAUACAAGCCAAUAAGUGUCCCACUAAGCUUUUAAGAUUUGGUUUUCCUGCCUUGAGAUAUAAAGGAUUGUAGGUAAAUGAAAGAUCAGUGCAUGGGAUAUAUAAAAAUUCAAAAGAAAUAUAUACACUUAAAAAUCCAUAAAGUAAAAAAAUCCCAUUCUAAACCUCCUGAUUGAUUUAAGUUGACUUUUUAUUUUAGUGUACAUAUAGGAUAUUCACAGCAUCUUUGUGCAAUUUUUAAACUUUUAUAUUUAAACAUUACUAAGUUGGCUAUUGUUCACAUGUUUAGAAAGAGUAGUAAAUUUUCUACCUCAGGGGCUGAUGUAGACGUCAGUUCUGCUAGCUAUAUCACAUAUUUUAAUGUUUUAUCAAUAUCAGCUAUUUUUUUUGUUUGCUGUACUAUUUGAACUAAUAGAUGCUGGAUCAUGUAAUACAAAAUUGUCUUCAACUUUAACAACAUUUUUUUUUUUUUUAUGAGACGGAGUCUCCCUCUGUUCACCAGGCUGGAGUGUAGUGGCUCAAUCUCGGCUCACUGCUUCCACCGCCUUCCAGAUUCAAGUGAUUCUCCAGCCUCAGACUCCUGAGUAGCUGGGAUUACAAGCGCGCACCACCCUGCCCAGCUAAUUUUUGCGUUUUUAGAAGAGAUGAGGUUUCACCAUGUUAGCAGGCUGGUCUCGAACUACUAACCUCAGGUAUUCCACCCCGCCUCAGCCUCCCAAAGUGCUGGGAUUACAGGCAUGAGCCUCCAUGCCCAGCCAACAAAAUUAUUUUUAGCUUUCCUUUUUGAACUGAACCUCUCAUAUUGGCGUCUUGAUUUAUUGGUACUUAACAGUAUAUGUGGAUUUUGAACUUUACACAAGGGUACUACAAGAAUGAAUUGAGGGGUGUCAAGAACCAGAUUGGUAGAACUCUGUAAGAUGAUGUGGAGAGUAAAGAGAAGGACAAGAAAUAAAAAUUAGUUUAAGGUGGAA